AUGAAUAGCAACAACAAGAACAACAUGAAGACGAGUUCCACAAAAGAGAGUGGUAAUGGUGCUACUACCAACAUUGUUAUCACAGAGACAAUCAGGAAUAAGAAGGUCGAGAGGAAGGCAUCAAUGGACGUGGACCAGUGCGCGGAAGCAUUCAUCUCAAAGUUCAGAAAUCAGCUUCUUCUCCAGCGUCUUGAGUCCAUCGACAAUAUGCUCUCUCGAGGCCUUUAA